AUGAGCGACUUUUUCUUUGAAGAAGAGGAAGAUUAUGGAGAGUACGACUUGGAAUACUCUGAGGAAAGUACCUCUGAACCGGAUGUCGACCUCGAAAACCAGUAUUAUCUAGCAAAGGCCUUGAAGGAAGAAAACUUGGAAAACUCUAUAGCCGCUUUUCAAAAAGUUUUGGACCUUCAGGGUGAUCUGAAAGGAGAAUGGGGGUUCAAAUCGUUAAAACAACUGGUAAAAAUUCAUUUUCAAAUGAAAAAUUAUUCCGAGACUAUGGAAAAAUAUCAGGAGCUACUUGGUAAGUGCUAG